AUGGGACUCUUUAGCAAAGACCACGAGAAGCACUCCGACCAGGAUGUCUCGGACGGCUUUGAGCCCACGACCGACGUCCAGGAGGGCAUGCUCUCGGACAACUCGGACGACCUCCAGCGACAUCUGGCCAACCGACAGAUACAGCUUAUCGCCAUUGGAGGUUCCAUCGGCACGGCGCUGUUCGUCUCGAUCGGUCAAGGUCUCUAUCACGGCGGCGCGGGCAGUUUGCUGAUCGCCUACACGCUCCAGAGCUGUAUGCUUGCACUGGUCAACAACUCGAUCGCUGAAAUGUCCAUUGCCUACCCUGUAUCCGGCGGUUUCAUCCGUCUUGCUGGAAAAUGGUGCGACGAUGCGUUAGGCUUCAUGCUGGGAUGGAACUUCUUUUUCUACGAGGCUCUACUGAUCCCCUUCGAAAUUUCGGCUUUAAACUUGAUCAUUGGCUUCUGGAGUCCUGCGAUCACACAACCCGGCCCAACAGCUGGUAUCUGUAUUGGCUGCAUCGUUGCCUAUGCCGCAAUCAACAUUCUUGCUGUGCGAGCUUACGGUGAAGCCGAGUUCUGGCUUUCUGGCGGAAAGGUCAUCCUGAUCUUCUCCCUUUUCUUCUUUACAUUCAUUUCAAUGGUCGGAGGCAAUCCCCAAGGCGACGCAUACGGAUUCCGCUACUGGGAGGAUGGACAAGCGUUCCGUGCCCGAUACGAAGGAGGCAGCCUCGGAAAGUUUGAAGGCUUCCUCUCUGCGCUGUGGAGCGCCGCAUUCACCGUCGUUGGACCGGAGUACAUUUCAAUGGUCGCUGCCGAAGCCAAGCGACCCAGGACCUACAUCAAGACUGCGUUCAAGACUGUCUACUUCCGUUUCGGACUCUUCUUCAUCGGUGGCGCCCUGGCUGUCGGCAUUGUGUGUAGCUCUCGGGACCCUGCUCUCGAGAGAAUCACGAAUGGCGGCGGCUCCAGCACGGCUGCUGCAUCGCCAUAUGUCAUCGCCAUGCGGAACCUCAAUGUGAAGAUUUUUCCCCACAUUGUGAAUGCCCUCCUCAUGACAUCCAUCUUCUCCGCCGGCAACACAUACACCUACGCUGCCGUCCGAAGCUUGUACGGUCUUGCUCUGGAAGGCAGAGCUCCCUCUUUCCUGACCUACUGCACUAAGAACGGGGUCCCGAUUUGGUGCUUCUGCGUCGUGAUGUGCUUCCCCUUCCUGUCCUUCUUGCAAGUGUCUGGCGGAUCGGCCGAAGCCAUUACCUGGCUGUCGACUUUGAUCACUGCUGGAGCCUUAAUCGACUAUAUUGGCAUGGCCAUCACCUUCAUCUGCUUCCAUAGAGCGUGCAAAGCACAAGGCUUGGACCGCAGGACACUGCCCUACUUCGGCUGGUUUCAGCCCUAUGGAGCCUACGUCGCCGUUGUCUGGUUCUCCAUCAUUACGAUGUUCUACGGCUACCUCGCCUUCCGCCCCGCCUGGUCCGUUGAGGGCUUCUUCCAGAACUACACCAUGCAGAUUGUCGACCCGAUUUUGUUCAUCAGCUGGAAGUUGAUCAAGAAGACCAAGUGGAAGAGCGUCUACGAGGUCGACUUGGUCUGGGAACGGCCCACUAUCGAUGCCUACGAGGCUACUUUCUUGGAUCCGCCCGUGGGCUUCUGGACGGAGAUGCUGCAGUUGGUGGGGCUGAGGAGGAACAAGGGCGGCAACGACAAGCGCCAAGGUAGCAUUACCAACUGA